AUGUCCUGUUCGCUGUUCGUUCCGGAAGUGCGGGGCUCGCGGCGCUGCUCCGUCUGCCGCUGCGACAUCGGGGCGCACGAGCCUGCCGCCAUCUACGUCCAGCCGCAGCGGCUCUUCGCCCACUUACCGCCCGUCGGCGCCGCCCCUCCGCCCGGCAUGAGGUUCGCAAGAGAGAAACUACAGUGUCUUCUGUUUUUCGACAGAAAUAAACACAGAUACUCUCAGUACAUGUAAAAAAAAAGGCGUUUUAAUCUGUGCAAAAAACUUCAAAAAAAAAAGAUAAAAAAAUGCGCGUGAAAUAUAGUGUUUGGUGUUUACACCGUGGCGUGAUUUUUUUCGGGGUCGAAAAAUUUUUUUCAUAGACUCAAUGAAACUAUUAAAAAAAUAAUCAAUCGAAAGUAGACUAGUCGAACCAAUAUGCGCAUAUUGGUUCGAUACGUGAAAUUUUUACAAUAAAAAAAUAAUUCUUAAAUUUUUUUAUGUUCACUAAAUACACAAAAUUCGGCUUUUUUUACCGUCUAUAUUGAAAGAAGCAGCGCCCUUUUGUUAUAAGCCACGACCACUGAUCAAAUCUGCCGCCUGUUUGGGAACCCUCUGCAAGUGCAGCCCUUCUCUCAUAGCAUUCUUAAAAAAAUUAUUUUCUCAAGACUAAGGAAAAAUCUCUGAAAGCCCUACAAAUCACGGAAUAACCGCAGAAAAAUGCAAGCUUUACAAAGUAGUUCAGGAAAAAGUAACCUGUACAAAAGAGCCGCAAAUGGCGCUUGAGUCCGGCGAAAGUUUGCUCCACGGAUAAUUCAGAAGCAUUUUUUUCCAAUUUCAAUUUUUGAUUUUUUUCAACUUUAUAUAUAUCCGGGGUCUAGAUUCAAUUCAAUAAGUUUUUUUGCAGAAAUCAAAAAUUUUUUUAAGUAAUGGAGUGAGUUAUAACCUUAUUUCGAUGUGAAUAUUACAAGCAACGAGUUUUUUUGAAAACGACUUUUUUCGGUAUCUUUUUUUCCAAAACGAUUCGAACUUGUUAUUUAUCGUAACUCGAGCUUUUUCGCAGCUUCUGACGUCACUCUGGACUAAAUGAUUCACGAAAACCCUUGAAAAGCUCAAAAAAUCACGGCUGUCGGCUCUUCAGAAAUCUCUCGAGUGGAAAGAUGCUUCACCGUGUUUUUCACGGUGAUUCAUUUGUGUCUUGGUAAAUUCUCUACGGUUUUUUUUUCUUAAGAUCUUCUUUCGAGGCAUUUUUCUUUUUGAGAAAAAAUAUACGGAAUUUGAAAUUAUGUGUAAGAGAAUUAGCAGAAUUUGAGUAUAUUUUUUUUUAAUCUUAUUCAAAUUUUUCGUACGUUUUUUUGAAAUUCAGGAUUUUUUUAGGUUUUUCUAAGUUCAGCCUAAGUUUGAACGAAAUAUCGAAAGACUUCUUCAAACUGAAAAAAAUAUGUAUCAAUUGAGGAAAUUCUUACUCAAAUUCCAUACGUCCGUCGAAAAAAACUUUGAUUUUUUUCAAGAUUUUUUUCAAAGGCCUUUUUAAAUCAAGCCAUGUUGACAGGGUUACAAGUAAAUUUUUUUAAAAAAAUUCAGUUUUUUUAUUUGCUUUUUAAAGGAAUUUUUUUGCUGACAAUUUAGGGAUAAUAAUUUUUCGAAUUUUUAUGAUUUUCUACUUUGAACUCCGAUCCAGUAGCUUCGAAAAAAAUCGAAAAUUUAAAAAAAUAGAAAAGGAAUAAUAUUUGUUGGAAUUAAGAUUUUUUAGAGAGUCGAUUUUGAAAUAUUUAGAAGCUUAAAAUGCCGGGAUUUUGGGCAAAGUUUUAUAUUUUCGUUGAAAAUUUAGAUUUUAGAGCAUAAAAAUCAAAUUUCAAGGGCUUUUAGAGACCAAGAUUUUCUAUAGAGCUGAUUUUCUGAAUUCUAGAAGUCAGAAAUCCAAGAAAAAAUCAAGUUGUAUGGCACUUGCAACACGAGAAAAAAACCAGAGAACAAACUUUGUCUGACCAGUGGCGCGAAUAUUUUGGCGAUUUUUUCGGGUUUCUGUGCGCAAAUGGAGGCCUUGUUUGCGCUCUUUUGGCACAGUCGAGCCCCUUGGCGCCACUUGAUUUGAUAUCGACUUUGGGCGCCUCUUCGAGCCCCAUCCAUCUCAUUUCAUUUCCGCUCCUUCCUUCCACGUGCUUUUCCUUGUAAUAAAUCGAUAAUUGAUUAGAGAAAAUGGUGCUACGAGAAUUUUUCCAUUUCCGAGGAGUACGGUAUGUAAAAGCCCGCAUUCCGAGAUUUGCGUGUUUGCACGUUUUUCGAGUGGCGUUUCUUUUUUUCAUAAAUAAAUUGAUAAUUGGUCGAAAUAGGUUACGAAAAUUCCCCUAUUUCCGAGGAGUACGGUAUGUAAAAGCCCGCAUUCCGAGAUUUGCGUGUUUGCACGUUUUUCGAGUGGCGUUUCUUUUUUUCAUAAAUAAAUUGAUAAUUGGUCGAAAUAGGUUACGAAAAUUCCCCUAUUUCCGAGGAGUACGGUAUGUAAAAGUCCGCAUUCCGAGUUGUUCACUUGGCGUGUUUGCACGUUUUUCGAAUGGCUUUUUUUUUCAAUCAUUUAUCAGCUCAAUUAGUGAGGAAAUAGUUGAUGAUUUGCCUAUCCAGUGAAGUGAUUAGAAGAAAAUUUUUAAGAAAAAAUUUUUGAGAAAUUUGCUGGAUUUUUUCCCAAAUUUCGACUUUUCUGAUUUUAUUCAUUGAUUGAUCUCUUCAGUAAUUUGAUGAAAAUUCGAAAAAUCAAUUCAGAGUGGAAAAGUUGGAUUAUUGAUUGAUAUGUACAAUUAAUUAAAUUUAAAAGCUCAAAAAUGCUUUUUAAAUAAAUAUAAUUGCUGGAUUUGGCACAUUUUUGACCGAUUUCCUAGUUUUAUUUGUCGAUUAAUGAGUAAUUAUGAGAAAAAAAUGCUAGAAAUCAAUUUUGAAUGUGGCCAGAUUAUCGAUUGAUAUUUUCAAAAUUUUUUGAGGUGCUCUUUUGGGGCUCAAAAUCCCAAAAUGGCCUAUUUUUAUAGACUUUCAGGGCACUCUUUGACUUUGAAAUUUUCUUUGAAAGCUUAGAGUCUAAAAAUUGCAUAUUAGAAGGUUUUUGAAGGUUUUUCUUGACUUAAAGGUAUGAGGGGAGUGGGGGGCAAAGCAGUCUCUUUUUAAUCGACUUUGAGAGUUUUUUUCUUGAAGCCUUCUUGGUUUUUGCAGGCUCAAAGUAUCUUUUUAUCUUAUUUCAACAUAUUUAGUAGUUCUUCUUCUGUCUUGAGGUGAUCUUUAGAGGCUCAAAAUCUCAAAAUAGCCUAUUUCAAUGAGUUUUUAGGGGUUUCUUUGUUAUUGAAGCGAUUAUUAAGGGCUAAAAAAAAAUUUAGGGUUUUUUUGACUUCUAGGUGUUCUUUGAGGUCUCAAAAAAGCCUAUUUUGGUCGCCUUUGAGGGUUUUCUUUUACUUCAAGGUGUUAAUUUUCGGAAACCAAGAAGUUAUAGAGAAUCUUUAGAAUCUUCAUCUGGUUCACUAAGAAGUGUUCUGACUAGUUUUAAGGAAAUUACUGAAUAAAAUGACCCCGUAAGCCAACAUUCUGUACUCGUUGGCUCCAUUACGAGGGUCGGGAUGUCGGAAUGUUUGCCGCGGGUGUCAAAAAGACGGUUCAAGGCAGCCGCAGACGUGUGGUCUGACGUGGGAGCAGCUUCCGGCGACUGUUUGAGCUGCGGCCAACUUUUCCCUCCUGAGCCAAAGAUCGAUAUCAGAUCAAAUGACUUCUUAUUUUUAUUGGCCUUUUUUAUAAAAUUCAUAUAGUCCGUUUUCGCGACUUGCAACUGCUGUUUUUCUCUGCGCCUCUCUCAUUUUUAUGUGCUGUUUCUCUGACGUCGCCAGUGAGAGAACAGAGAGACGCAGACACGCGAGAGUCGCGGCGAAUGAACUAUAAAGAACUUUUUUCUUAAUUUUUCUGACUUUAGUUUCUAACUUCGAGGCUUCUACUUUCUGAAUUUGAAAUCUUAAUGAUGAAAUAUUUUUUUUAUCAGGCUGACACUUUCAAAAAAUUCUGAUCUCGAUUUUUGAUUUAUUCGCACCCGAAUAUAUGUCUUUUAUAGUAGAGGACUAGUUAGGAAUUUUUUUGACGAAUCGGCCAUUUUUUUGAAUAAAAACUUCUCAUUUUUUUAUGGUUUUUUUAAGCGAAAAAAAUGAUAAGCUGAAAGUUUGAAAAAAAUUCUCAUCAGGGUCGAUUUCGAUUUUCGACUUUUUUCGGCCAGUGAUCGAUAUGUCUUCUUUUCGAAAAGUGCUAUUUCUGAAUUUUUGGACAAUAUUUGAGUUUUGAAUGGCAGAUUUCAUCUUUUUCUUACUUUGAGACGUUUUUUUUUCGAGCUUCAAGACUUCAUUUUCAACCGUUGAGACUUUUAUGAAAGGAUAUUUUUGUUUAAAUCAUCUUCUGACAGUUUGAACAGUUCUUACCAUGAUUGAUUUCGUUUUUCGACUUUUUCUUUGUCCAAAUGUCGAUCGAUAGAGAUUUUAUCAAACAGAUUUUUUUAGUGAACCUCUUUUUCAAAGAGUUUUUUUGGUGAUUAAAAAAAUUUUUUUCAAAUAAACUUUAAUAGAAUUUUCUCUUUUUAUUUCUUCAGCUCUGAAUUAUUUUAUUGAUUUUUUUUUUUUUUUGACUUAUUGAGCAGAUUAUAUAGAAGCUAUAACAUUAUACGGCUGUCAACUAAAAAUUCCGAAUAAAUAAAUUGUUUCGAUGAUCCAUUUUCUAAAAAAACAACGCAAUAUUAGAGGCAGAUUUGAAGAAAUUCCAAGAAAUGGUCACUUCAGUGUCAUUUUUCUUUUUGAACCCUUUGAGAAACGUAACUCUUGCAGGAUGACCGCGGCGGCGCUGUCGACGACGACGGCGACGAGUUCUCUCGCGCCUUCAGAGAACUCGGCGUUCUCGCCGUAUUCGCGGUCGACGAUGGCCGCCAGCAGCUCGACGACGACCGGCUUCUCCUCGGCGUCGUCGUCGCUGGACCGCGGCGACCGGCGAACACAGCCGCCGCCUCCGCCGCCGCCGCCGCUCCCUCAGCACGGCAUCAUCCGACCGACGGCCAGGCUCGCGCUCGCUCCUAUUCUUCCCAAGGUACCGUGUGUGGAUUUUUUUUGUAAUAACCUUCUUCCCAAGGUACCCUUUAUAAGGGAUCCUUCUUCCAGAAGCUUCCUAAAUUAACUUGAUUAGUAAAUUCCUGAUAAGGAGGGCCGUUUAAAUUUGGGGCUGGGAAUCCUCUGAAAUUCUUGAUUUACUAGGUGAAGGUCUUGAAAGUGUCAACCAGGUGUCUUGAGACAUUUCGAGACGUCUCGAGAUUCAGAAAUAAAUUUGAUCUCGUCCCGAAAAAUUUCGAAUUUGAAAAGAUUUUUUUUUGGAAAAUGGCGUAAUAUGUGAUGUUUCCGUCGUGAACGCACCAAAAGCAAUCAAAUCCACGCGCAGUUUUAGAUUUUGUGUAAUAUUUCUCAACUAAAAAGAAGUUUUCCUCACAAUUUCCGCUUUUUUUUCGAGAUAUUUUUUUGAUAAUUCGUUUCUUCUCGAAACUAAAAACUCGAUAGCGUGCAUCUCUGGUCCCAAGCUGCACUUUUUAGUUUUCAAAAAAGGACACCUCAAAGCCAAAGAAAACGCUCGAAACCCAUGAAAGUAGGCUAUUUUUGGGCCUUUGGUCAAUUUUUGUGAGCCCCUGGACAAAUUCAGUAAAAAGAGCAUUUUAUGAAUUUUCAUCACUUUUUUCAGAAAGAAGACCGUUCGGGCUCAAAUAUUUCGAAGAAGAUCCGCAGCAAACGCAAAGAUCGGCCCUCCAGUGUUGGCAUCCUCGACACGAGGUAACUCUCACGUCAAAAAUUAGGUUUUGAAAGAACCUAGGGAUUCAGAAGAAAAUUUUUUUGCAAAAUUGGAAAGAAAAGUAGAAAAUUCGUCCCGAGACGAAUAGGUUACUGUAGGUUGUUGUGAAUGGACUUUUCAUAAUUUUUCCUCUUUUUUUUUGAUUUUCCCCUGGAUUUUAGGCUAGCAAACUUUCUUCCACUCUUUUUUUCAUGAAAUAUGAGAAAAAAAGGUCCUGGAGUCUCCAAAAGAAAAGGUUACUGUAGCUUGUUGUGAAUGAACUUUUUUUUCCUGAUUUUCCAAUUUUUUCGAUUUUUCAACAGAUUUCAGCUUUAUCUCGAUUUUCGCCUCAAUUCAGGUUACCAAGAAAUUUUCUAUCAUGAAAUUUUUUUAAAAAUUUUUUUCUUCAAGUUUUCUGGAGGUAUGAAAAAAACACCAGCGAAAAAUUCAAACGGCGACUUUUCCGAUUUUUUUCAUAUCGCUAGGGGAACUUUCCGACGGUCACCUUUCCGACGGAUCCCUUUCCGACCUUUUUUUCCCUUAUGCUUUUUCGGUUUAUAAAAAAAUCUAUUAAAAAUUUUUCUAUUUCUUUGUGUUUUAAUCAUUAACCAACUACCUACUUUAUAUAGGGAGAUUUAAAACGAAGAGUUUAUCGAGAAAAAAAGUCUGAAAAAAAGUUUCGUCGGAAAGUUGGCCGUCGGAAAGUUCCCUAGCGAUAUGAAAAAGUCGCAAAAGUCGCCGUUUGAAUUUUCGCUGGUCUUUUUUUCAAUACCACCAGUUUUCUUUACUUUUUUUGGAUUCAUGGUUACCAAGUAGUUUUUUUUUCUCUCUCUUUAUUAUGAAAUACAAGAAAAUCGGGGUCAUAUGGUUUGUCCCAAGUAACGUGUGAUUCAUUAAGAGGGUCUCGAAAAGAAUGAGUUACUGUAUCUUGUUGUGAAUGAACUUUUUUUCUGAUUUUUAAUUUUUUUUUCUCAAUCUCCUUCUGGCUUUAAGGUUAUAACGUCGUUUUCCUCGAUUCAUUCUGAAAUAUUUUCAAUUUUUCCGUCCUCAUAUUUCACUUGGAUCUAGGUGACCAAGUAAUUGUCUAUUAUAUUAUGAAGUUUGUUCAAUUUUCCGCCUCAAUUUUCCUGUACUUUCUCCUAGAUUUCAGGAGAUUAAGCCAUUUUCUUCUCUUAAUUAUGAAAUACAAGAAAAAAAGGGUCAUAUGGUUUGUCCCAAGUGACGUGUGAUUCAUUGAAGGAGGUCCCCCCGUGUGGGCGGCCCACUUCAAAUUUUUUGGCGCCGCCGCUUUUCACGGCUUUCCACGUUCUUAACUAACCAAUCGCGUGCUUUGUUCCAAAGAUCUGACCAUUUUUCGUCGAUUUUUGUUUGAUUUAUUGGGAAAUUUUGGAUAGGUAUAAAUUGGAAGAUUUAUCAUCUUUUCAUUGGAUCACCGUUUCAAAAUUCUUUGAAGUUUAAAAAAUAACUGCGUAAUUAAUCUCUGUUGAUUGAUUUCGAGCUGAUUGGUAUCUUCUAUUUUUAUUUUUACCGAUUUAAAGAUCUUCUAAAUUUUUAAUUUGGAACAACCCUAUCAAAUUUUUGGAUUGGUUGGUAUGAAUAAAUAUCAUCUUAUACCCUUUUUAUUGCCGUUUCAAAUCUCUCUAAAAAAUUGAUACCUUUCCUCUAUUUUUUUAUUGAUUUUUUUCAUCAAAUCUGGUUUCAUUUCAUCAGGUUUUGUAUGAUUUCUUAUGAAACUUCCGAUUUUUUUAUAAAAAAAAUAGAGGAAAAAUUUUUUUCAUCUUUUUUUCCAUUGGAUUACCGUUUCAAAGCCCCCUCUCGCUUUUUUUGAAGCUUUUUUUGAGUCCCUUUUUUUGUUGCGAAAACGAGAAGAAAAAUAGCUCUGAAAAAAAUAUUUCAUCAGAUGAUUGUUUUAUAAAAAGUUCAGACUUAAAUAAUGGUUUACGCAAAUUUUUUUUAGUUUAGUUUUUAUCUGAGAACUUCUAUGUAGAGGCUAUAGGAUACUCUUGUAAAAGCUUUUUUUGUUUUUUCUUCAAUUUUUCGCUCAAACUUAUCAUAAAUCAAAUAAAAAUAUUAUCAAAUCGAUGUCGAGGGAAGUAAGUGUACAGCGGACUUUUUUCAAAAACUGUAAAUUCUCAUAUCAAGAUACCUUGAGCCCUCUGAAAAACGAUUUUUGGACUUUCCCGACGUUUUUUCGGAAAUUUUUCACUUUUGUGAACUUUUUCCACGUUCAAAGCUUAUAUUGACUUAGAAAAAAAGAGAAUUUGCUCGAAUUUCAUUAAGAAACACGUUUUUUUAAAAAUCUGGCUUUCAAAUUUUUCGGAAGUUUGAGGAAAUAUAAAAACAGAGGCGAAAACUCAUUCCAACGCAAAAAAUGUAGCAUCUUAUAAAAAAAACCUGAAACUCAGGAAUCAAGGUACCUUGAGCCCUCGAAAAAACGAUUUUUGGACUUUUCCUCGAAAUUUUUUUCACUUUUGUAAACUUUUUCCACGUUCAAAGCUUAUAUUGACUUGGAAAAAAAGUGGGAAAUUUGCUCGAAUUUCCUUAAGAAACACGUUCCGAAACGAGCGAAAAGCCGACCGGAACCCGCUUCCCUAUCAGGCAACCGCUGUUUGCCCUCCUUCCUCCCCAUUUCCCACCGCAUUUGCUCAUUUUCUCUCCGAUUUCUUCGCCCCAAAUGCGAUCAAAAACUGUUGAGAUUGAACUUUUUUUUAAAAGUAUUUUCCUCUCAGGAGCUCUAUAAGAAGUUGAUUUUCGAUUAAAAUUAAUAAUAAACGUCGAUUUCUUGAUGAAAAAAAGACGAUUUUUUUGCUGAUUUGUAAGCUUUAACAAAAAAACUACCAUUUUUUUAAAAAUCUUUUUUUUCAUAAAUUAGCAUCAAAAAAAUUCUAAUUUUACUCGAAAAAAAGUCUUUUUCUGACUUUUUGUGCGAUGGAGCGCGCUUGCCUCAAUUUUUCAAUUUUUUUCCGGACCGAAAAAAAUUUCUUUUUUUGAGCUAAUUUUUUUGAAUGAGAACCGCCUUCUAGAGUGAUUCCAGUUUCCGUAAAUUACUUAAAUCAGAAAAAAAGAAAAAUAUUCAUUUUUUUGAUAAGUCAAGCUCAACCCAAAAAUAAUCGAAUUUUUUUCAUGAUUUUUUUGCGUUUUUUUCGAAGUUUUUUUCUUAUUUUUUUGUCAUUCAACUCUGGGCUUUUUUUCAUUUAGAGAGUUACAAAAGUCGAGAAAGUUUUUUUCAAAUAUAAUUGACCCUUUUGGCAGUUUUUGAACAUAAUUUGGAAGCUACAGCUUCAACUUUUAUGACCAAAAAUCAACUUUGGAUCUCUUUUUUUAGGCAUUUUGCAGUAAAGUUGCUCUAUGGACAAAACCCUUUUUUUUUUCGAAAUUUCGAUUUUUUCGGUUGUUACUAAAGUUUUUUUCGGCCUAAAAAUCCUCUAUUUAUAAAAAUUUGCAAUUUUCGGUUGCGAAAUGCUUCUCUGGUGAAAAAUGACGAUUUUGUACAGGUUUCGAUUGGGAAAUCUAUUUUUGUUUCAUCGUGAGGUCUGGAAAACAGCCUACAUUUUUUUGAGCACCAAUCAGGGAUCAGUGUGUAAAACUGCAUUAAAGCUGCAAAAGUUUCACAGUAAGCUCUGGAAGAAGUCUAAAUAUAACAUCUUUGACGUUGGUGACCAAAAAAUCAACAUCAAAGUUGUCGGUUUGCAAGGAACCGUCGAAAAAAAAAGGUCCCCCCUGCAAAAAUGUUCAGCUCUUACUUUUGAGUGUAGAAGACAAGGAAUGUGAACAACCCCCUAGACAAGUAGUAGUAAACAGUCGGAGAGAGGAACGAAAGCGCGUAAAUCCACAGAGAGCCGUUUCGCGAGUGGCGGAUUUGCACAUACACUUUUCAUUUCUUCAGCUGAUUUCCGACCAGUUACAAGUGAACUGAUCUUUUCUUUCCUUCUUUCCCGUGUUAACGAGCCUUUUUCCCCCAACUCGAUGGUAGAUCCUACCUGUGGCCAACCAAACAUCUCCGACUUUUCUCUUGACUUUUCGGUUUUUGUAGUGCUUUUCAAUAAGAUUUGAUUUUUUUAAAUUAUUUUAUCAGUUUUUUGUAAUCAUUUUGUAGCCGUUAUUCAAUGAGGCUAGACUUUCUCUUUCCUGUCAUUCUCUGAAAAUGUUUAGUGGCCACUUUAGGGCUUAGUAUCUUCUAUAGUAGUCUAGGUAGUGGCUUCUUCAGGGUUUUCACGCUUUGAGAAACGAAAAAGUGGCCUUUUUAGGGUUUUAACAUUGGCCCCUCUAGUAGACGAAUAGUGCCCACUUAAGUGGCUUAAAUUUGGUGGCCUCUUUAGAAGUCUAAGUGUUACUAAUAGGUCGCUAAAACUACUAAAGUGGCCACUAAGAAAUAAAAAUGGCUUCUGAAAAGUUGGUUUCAGAGCUCACUUUAGUGACCUUUCCAAGUAACCCUUGAGAAGUCCUUUAACCUCUAGCGUGUUUUUUCCAGUCAAAGAAGUUCAAGUACUAGAAAUCACUUUUUCCAGAAUUUAUCUCAAUUUUCCGUUCAAAGCUGUUUUUUGUUAUUUUUUAAGAUUUUUAGGUUUUUUUCUUGAAAUUUUCAGAAUGUCAAUCGUUAUCCGAAACCACAAAUACUUAAAAAAAUUUUUUUAAAGUAAUUUUUGAGAUUCAGAACCGCGUUUUGUACAUAAGUUAGAAAGUUUCAACUUAUAUUUUUUGUCCAUUCUUGGCAGGAAAAAAUUGGUUCAAAAAACUAUCACCGGUUCAACAAAAAAAAAAUAGAGAAUUUUUAUUAUUUUCAGUUGAAAAAUCUUUUUCGAAGGGUUUUCUCAAUCUUUCUCAAGUUUCAAAACGAAACAGACCCAGAAACAAACAAUCAAAUGCAAAAAAAAAGAGGCCUGAAAUUGGCGAAUUAGCCUUGGAGCAGAAAAAGAGGCGUUUUUCGCGCCUUUUCGCGCCGAAAAUCGCCGAGUUCCGCAAACAAAAAUCUGCCAAUAAGCCGUCUUUUCCAGCCAUUCAACUCAUAUUUUCGCAGCCCAAAAUUGUCGUUUUUCUCCAGUUUUUGUUUCGAUUUUCUCAAAUUGAAGUUUUUAAUUGAUAUUUAUGGAAACUAUUCGUAAAAUUGAUCACUUUAGGGUAAAAAACAGUGGUUUUUUUGGGUUUCUGAACAGUUUUUGGACUCAUUUUUAAUACUAAUUUUUUAAUUUUUGAUCCAAAUUUGCCCUUUUAUCGAUAUAUUCAGCUUUGAAUUUCUGAAAAAAAAUUUUCUUUUUAAAUUUUUUUCUUUCAAGUUCAUUUCAAUUCAAGUUUUCAAGAUCAGCUCAGAUCCCAUUAAGUUUCGAAUCAAAAAAAUUGAAAAAAAUUAUUAAAGUUUAGGACUAAAAAAAUGAUUUUUUUCUUCAGUUUAUCGAGUCCCGAGACUAAUUUUUGGGCUUUUUAUGUCUCUAAUUCCUUAAUUUUCUACUGAUUUUGAAGUUUUUUUGGAUAUAUACUCAUUUUUUUGAAAUUUUUUUAAGUCCUAAUUUUUUUCGAUUUUUUUGUCAAGCUCUGUUCAAUUUUGUCAAGACUUUUGGAAAAAUUUCACAGGCCAUUUGAGAGUUUUUACGCUUUAGUGAACAAUAUAGCAGUCAAAUUAGUGGCCACUUAAGUGGUUAAUUUUCAGUGGACCCUUUAGAAGUCUCUGUGGUAGUCGAGACCGAUUAAAACUGCUAAAGUGGCUAUUAAGAAGCGAAAAAUGGCUUCUACAGAGGUCGUUUAUAGUGUCUUCUGCAAGUAGUUCUUGAGGAACCUCUUAAGUGGCCACUUUUGCUAAUUUUCCAUGAAAAUUUGAAUCAAAAAUUAAGAUUUUUCAAAUGUUCAUCCUUGCCAUGAAAACACUCUUUUUUCUAGUGAGUUUGGUUUAAUCAGCACUCGAAAAAGACUUUUUUUAGCCUUUGCAAGCACUUAUUUCGACGGCUUGGUCAAAUAAAACACGGAUACAUCCUUGAUCUUUGUUGAGAAGGAAAAUUUGUCGUUUUUUGCGUUUUUCGGUCUUGUCCAAUGUUUGGUUUGAACUUCAUGUUGCGAUUUUAUACUGUCUGAGGAGGAAUUGGACUUCAAUUUUUUUGAAUUUUUUUGCAGAAUUUAGUUCAAAAAAAUUAUUAACAAAGGUCCAAAAAUUCGAAGUUCUUUUUGAAUGAAAAAAAGUACUUUUUUUCUGGGUUUUUGUAUUUAAUCGACCUUAUGAUUUUCUGGUAACGUCUUUUGAUAAGGAAAAAAUGAAAAAAAAAAGUAGAAAAUAGGAAUUUACUGAUUUUUAUCUGAUAAGGUAACUAUUUAAUGUUUUUAUCUUUUUCCAUUUUUUUCUGUUGGGUUUUUUGAUCUCUUUCUCUGUUUUUAAUUGAUCUGAUAAGGUGAUGAUUUUUUUUUCAUUUUAGCCCUAUUUGAUCAUAUUCCUAGUUUGGAUGAUUUUCCAGAGCGUUUUCCUCAUCGCCAGUCGAAGAAGACGAGGACGACCUCCACUCACGAACUUCCCUACGAUCGUCGCCGGUUCCCGCCCAGCGCUCCAACGACUUCAAACUGAUCUUGCAACGAUUUCAGGUUUGCCAAAAACGACGUUUCAAAAGUCAUUUUCUGGAUAUUAUAGAUCAUUUUGCUUUUUUCUCCGAAAACUGCCCAUAAUUAUGUAGUCAGAAAAACUUUAGUGGACCCUCAAGUAGUACCUCAAGGGUUACUUGAAGACGACACUAAAGUGGCCACUAUAACCAGCUCUAUAGAAGCCACCAUUUUGCGUCACAGUGGCCACUAUAGUAGUUUUAGAGCUCUAGUAGUAUCACCUGGACUUCUGAAGAGGCCUUAAAUUUUCGCCACUUAAAAGUGAUCACUAGUCCGACUACUAUAGUGGCCACUGACACGUCAAAACCCUAAAGAGGUCACUAAAAGUUUUCCCAGAAGUAUCAUUUUUCUUUUUUUCGAAAGAAACUGCGAAAAACUCUUGUGGUCAGUUAAAUUUUUACUUAAAACUGAACACUAAAGUGACCACUAUAACCACUUCUAUAGAAGCCACCAUUUUGCGUCUUAGUAACCACUAUAGUAGUUUUAGAGCCCUAGUAAUACCGUUUAAACUUCUGAAGAGGUCACUGAAUUUCCGUCACUCAAGCGCCUACUAAUUCGACUGCUCUAGUGGCCACUAAGCCGUCAAAACCCUAAAGGGAUCACUUGAUGUUUUCUCCGUGCUUAAGGUACAUUCUGAAAGUCUCAAGUUGCGAAAUUUUCUAGUUUUUGAAAAAUAAGAGCUUGAAUUCCGAAAAUAACCUAUUUUGAAGGAUUUUUGACUUUGAGGUGCCCAUUUUCAAAAAAGAAGAAGUUUUGAAAAUUGAGAUUUUUAGGAUUUUUCUGGUGCAUUCUUUUAACACUUGAGAAAUCUUUCAUCUCAAAAAAAAAAGAACAGAAAAGAUAAUAUUUGAUAGUACUAAAAACACUCCUUGUUCCACGAAAACACUCGACUGUUUCGAGAAAAAAACACAGAAAAAAAGAAAAAAAGGGAUUUUUUUCAGUCGGCCGACAAGCGAUCUUCCAUUAAUAAUAACAACAGCAACUUCACGAUGAGCCCCGCCCAUCAGAAUCCCGGGUAAUUUUCAGAUUCUACAGUAAUCCUACAGUAAUCUUGAAGUUUUUCGAGUGAAUAUGCUUUGAAAAAUCAUUUAUCAAGACAUUUUCAAAGUAUUUUCCGCAGAGUUGUCAGGCUCUCGAAAGUUUUUUUCGCGGUAGAAAUUCGGGACCCCGCGGAAAAAAUGUCGGGAGAACUUUUUUUUUGCGAAGCAAUGGUCGUACUUGAAAUGGCUAAAAUGAAAAAUCCAGCUUUUCUCAGCUUAACGGGAAGCCAUUCCAAGUGCGGUUUUUGAAAAAUGUUCAGAGAGUAGUCACUAGAGGGGUUUGGGAGAAAAGGGGUGACUUACAAGACCCCACAAUGUGGCCAGUCUAGGGACCACUAUGGCGGUGUAGUUUAAAAAAACUUCAGAUGGUCCCCUCCACAUCGGGUCGGCUCGCAGGACAGUUGGUCUCCAGCCCACCGAAGCAGUUUGAACUCGAAUUAUCGGUUUCGUCGAACCCUUAAAGAAAAUUUGAAAAUUUAUGAUUUUUCUAGAGACAGUCCGGUAGUGUCGCGGAACACGUCGGCGCGCUCCAGACUGAGCAUUUCUUCGAUUCAGAGUCCCCAUGGCUAUCUUCCGACCAGAGAUUCUUCACCGCGAUCUGUUCGUUGUAGACAAUUUGAAUACAGAAAUAAAAACGAUACUCGAUUUUCCAGCUUCCCAGCCCCUCGCUGGUGCCGCUGCGAAGAGACAGCUCUCCAGACCUUCUGGCCAACGACCGCCACUCUCCCCUCAGUCACACCGGAUCUACACCCGAGCCUCGGCCCGACUGCACCUCUCCGCAGCCGCCGCCCCUCACCGUCGCCGUCAACUCCUCGCCUCAGAAACGUCACAGCCUGAGGCAUUCGUUCCUCCAGCAGGAGAUGUUCUCCUCGUCCCCGCCAAGGUGGAUCAAGGAGACGGACGUUGAUGAACCGUCCUCCUUGCCGACGAUGAGUCCGAUGGGAUCUUCCUCGAGUGAUGCCUUGAGUAGCCAAGGUCGACAGAUGGGCCACAAGCCUCCCAUCAGAAGUGCGCCCAUUUCCAAAAGACCCAGUAUGGAUCGCCUCGACGCUGGCGCCAAUGGAUUGAAGAAUGGAAAGGUGAGGUCUAGGAGGUCUUCAGAAGGUAUUUGGAAGGUGAAAAGUUGAAAUUGUAUGUCAGAAGCCUUCCAGCAGGCUUCUGAAUGUAGUAGGGCCUCAGAAGCUUUCAGAAGCCUUCCGAGGAACCAGAAGGAGAAGCUUCGAAAAGAUGACUCUCUCAUGAUCUUCCAGACCAACGGCCGGUACGGAGGAAGCUGUCGUCGCGUCCUUUCCGGCGUCGACCAGAAUUCUCGCGGCGGGGCCAACGGCGUCUACGUCCGCCGGAGCCGUUCCAAAGACGAUCGGCCCUCCCUUUCUUCCGUCGUCGAGCUCCAAUCCCACUACGGGGAGCCCCGACAGAUCAUCCGUUAGUUGAAACUCUAGUGGCCUCUUAAGAGGUUCCUCAAGGACUUAGGAGAGACCUCUAAAAUCAGCCAUAUAGAAGUACUUUGGGUUUUAGUGGUCGCUAUAGUAGUUUUUAGGGGUCUAGUAGCAGUACCUAGUCUUCUAAAGACGCCAUUUAGUUUUAGCCACUUUAGAGGCCACUAAACAGUCAAAACCCUGUAGUGGCCACUAAAAAUUUUCACAGAAGCCUUGACAAGGGCUGUGUGCGCGGUGAACAUCGAGUUAGGAAUUGAGGCUUAUAUGGUAGAUGGACCUAGGGGAGAGUGCUCCAAAACGAAAGAAAAAAUCUGCUAAGCGCCAUAGGGUACCGAGAAAAAGCUCGUCAAAGUUUUGCCGCCACGUAUAUGCCCGCGCUCGGAGUGCUCGGCCAGCAACUGGGAGCGUGGUGAAGUGGCAGUGCUCUUAAAUGGCGCUGACGCUAUGCUAGGUUCGAUUCCUUUUGACGUCAAAAUUUUUUUGCUUUUUUUUAUUCAAUUCUUCUACACUCUAUCAUCAAACAAAAACAGCAAAAAAAGUUCUAAUAAUUGGUUCAUGGCUUUCGAGAUCACAACACGAUGGGAUCGAAACAAUAUAAGUGAAAAAUCACUCGAGAAAAAAAAAAGAAACCAGGUACGAGUACGAGCCCGAAACAAAGGGAGACCUGUCAAUGUAAUUUCGCAUUCUCUAUGAAAUUUCAAAAGUUUCGGUGAACAAUUGAACUAACCUUUUGGUAUGAGAAGGGCUUCAAAAAAGGGAAAAUAGAGUCGGUGGAAUUUUUGCGAUGAAAGAUUUCUAAAAAGAAAAACAUAUAAAGUGGUUGAAGGAGACCAGAGGAGCCAGGUGUGAUAUUAUUCACAAUUAUAAAUUUUUUACACGAGGUAUACAACCUUUAAUUGUAUUUUUUUGUGCUAUCAUCUCGAGAAGCCGCCCAAGCAUCUAUUAUUUGAACGAUUUUUUAGAAGUUUCGAUGGAAAAACUAUAUUUGACGCAAAAAAAAAAGUUUUUUUGUGCUUUCUCCUUUCUUCUUUCCCAAAUUUCAAUCAACUCCUUCAAUUCAAACUUUUUUUGCUGUUUUUGUUUGAUGAUAGAUUGCAGAAGAAUUGAAUAAACAAGAGCAAAAAAAGUUUGACGUCAAAAGGAAUCGAACCGAGCAUAGCGUCAGCGCCAUUCAAGAACACUGCCACUUCACCACGCUCCCAGUUGCUUGCCGAGCACUCCGAGCGCGGGCAUAUACGUGGCGGCAAAACUUUGACGAGCUUUUUCUCGGUACCCUAUGGCGCUUAGCAGAUUUUUUCUUUCGUUUUGGAGCACUCUCCCCUAGGUCCAUCUACCAUAUAAGCCUCAAUUCCUAACUCGAUGUUCACCGCGCACACAGCCCUUGUGAGAAUAAAUUUGAAUGGAGUCAAAAGUUAACAUGUAAAGUCUAAAAAACUAUCUUAAUAAUCAAAAUCUUGGCUAAAGAGCGCCAUUGAAACACGAAAAACAAAUAGUUCUUCCGAAACUUUUUGGAAAAUUUAAAGGAUCACUAGUUUUUCAGUUUCUUGAGUAUUGACGCGAAAAGCUCUGCGCCUUCAGAGUUUCAUAAAAUCGUCCUUUUUCGUAUUUUUCACCGUUUUUUUUUUGACAUAAUGACCUAAACAAGCGAUGGAUGGUUAAGAGAGAAAAUUUAAAGGACCAUUCAUUUUUAAGAUGAUCAGGAAUCGAAGCGAAAGGCUCUGCGCCUUUAAUAGAACGAUUUUGAAUAAUCUAUCUAUUUUUGUUUUUUGGAAGUAUUGGCUCAAACCAACGAUGAAUCGUUAAGAGAUAAAAUUUAAAGGACCAUUCGUUUUUAAGAUGAUCAGGAAUCGAAACGAAAAGCUCUGCGCCUUUAAUAGAGCCAUUAUGAAUCACCCUUUUUUCGUGUUUUACUCGUGCUAUUUUUUCCGCCGAGGAAUUUGUUCUGUUUGUGUUGAGUAGUUGUGAUGUGAAGUGGCUUCCGGGGGUGACAACUAGUACGAUCAUUCGAAGGAAAAAGCCCCCCUUUCCCCGGGGCCCACGCAUCCUCUUGACUUCUCCUGAGAAUUCCAAUCUUUGAGCUGUAGAAGUUUGGUUGGCGUCAUUGUUCACGGUUGGCUUGAGCUUUAGAAAAAGGGGUCCUGACACGAUAAGAAAAAGAGAUAUUGCCUGGUUGGUGGAGAGCGCAGACAGGCCUUUUUUGAAAUUGCAUUUUUCGGCUUCAAAAAACAGGUUUCAAGCAUUUUUGAGCUUUUUUUGACCUUUACUGCGAAUUUUCGAUCUCAUAAUAUUUUCUUUUGGCUUCGAAAGACAGGAUUUGAGCUUCCUGUAGUUUACGGUUUCGGUCAAGAUUUUUCUGGGAGUUAUUAUUUUUUUGAUAAUAGACAGAUGUUCUCUAUAAAUCAUGAUUCAGGAUCCCCGCCGAGGACCUCGUCGAUCCCGAUUUUCCUGUCCCACGAGAGCAUCGGCCCAAGUCGACUUCAGAGCCCUCUCCAGAGUCCGCCCAUUCAGAAUCCGCCCAAGAACUUGGCCACCGACAAUGUUUACAAGCAUUUCCAGCAGGUUCGGCCGGAGAAUUCGUUUUCUGGAAGAUAUUUUAAAAAGCAAUUCGAAAGUCAAGGAUAAAAGAAUGCUCUUCAAAAUAGGAAAAUAGAAUAAUUCCUCAAAAAUUUGGUAAGAGAAUCUUCAUUCUAAUGAAUUUUUGACAUACGUAGAACGAUUUUAUUUAAAUGUAUAUUUUUUUCUUAAUAUUAAGAUCCAUUUUUACCUUCAAUUUUUUUGAAAAAUUGGUAGUUUUUUUGGACAGAAAUUUUUAAAGGAAAACUAGAAAAAAAGCUACCGUUCUUUUUUUGGACAUAGUGUCACUCGAAUUUUUUUCCAGAAAUAAUCCGAAGGUAAAAAAAAAGAAAUUGAAUAAAGAACAGAAAAUUGAGAAAGCGAUGCAUUUUCUUCACUUGAACUUCAAAUUUUGAAAGUUUUUUUUUGAAUUUUAUACGGAAGAAACGUAUUUUUGAGUUUUUUAAAAUUAUUUUAAACUGAAUUUUCUCCUGUUAUUUGUCUUUGAAAGUUCGAAUUUAGGGUUCAUUGGAAAAAUCGAACCCGAAAAAACGGUUCAGAUGCGCUCAAAAUGAACCGGAAUGGAUCGCGGAAUAAAAGAAAUAAUUCGGGUUGAAGGCGUCAAAGAGAGAAAAACGCUUGAAAAUCAAACAAACUAUGAAAAUUACCGCGGAAGAAACGUAUUUUUGAGCCUUAGAGUUCGCUUGAGAGACCUGGCAUCCUUUUUUUGAUUUCUUAAAAGCUUUUUGAAGUUCUUGAUAGCUUUUUGAAGUUCUUGAAAGCUUUUUGAAGUUCUUGAAAGCUUUUGAAGUUCUUGAUAGCUUUUUGAAGUUCUUGAAAGCUUUUUGAAGUUCUUGAAAGCUUACUGAAGGACGGAAUCGCUUUUUUAAGCUCUUGAGAGCUUUUUGAAGUCAGGAACCCCUUUUUCAAGUUCUUGGAAGCUUUUUGAAGAUGUUGCAACUUCAUUCAUCAAGGAGCUUCCAUUUUCUGACUAAAGACGGUUCAGAUGGCCCUCUCGCACGUGCACACGCUGACGAUCGUGGCGGACAAGCUGAGCGACGAGAUGCGGAAAGGCGAAGAGCCCGUGUCCCGGAACCGGCUCGCCCAGCUCGACUUCUCCUCCUUCAUCGUCCAGUCGCCCCAUCCGAUCCUCACCAAGGGCAAGAGCCUCUUCUACAACGCCGUCUUGCCCCGAUCUGGCGCCACCGACUUUCCGGUCACGCUUAUGGUUAGUAUAGUCAGUCAUAGGGGUUUUCAAGGCUGGAUUUUCAAAGAAGGUCCUACCGACUUUCUAGUCUUUGUUAUGGUAGAUACAGUUCAUUCAUAGUCAUUUACUGGGUUUUCGGAUGAUUUUGGCUGAACUUUAAGAAAUAUUUAGUUUCACCGACUUUUCAGUCUUUGUUAUGGUAGAUAAAGUUCAUUCAUAGUCAUUUACUGGCUUUUUUGAAUACCUAGGCUAAAUUUUGAAGAAAAUCUGGUUCCACUGACUUCCCUGACACUCUCAUGAUAGCAUAGUUCAUUCGUAAUCAUUCACUGGCUUUUUUGAAGGCCUAGGCUGAAUUUAGAAGAAAAUCUGAUUCCACUGACUUCCUUAUCACUCUUAUCGUGAAUGUUAAUAGAUAGUUUGAAAUCAAAGACUGAAAAAAAAAUCAUUUGUAAACAUACGUGGGCAAGUACAACGCUAUUUGAGUCUAUAGUCUGUUUGAAUUUUCUCAGGCUCAAGCUCCGCCCCCUAGUGGGAUGAACCAUUCAGAGAGCGUUUCCUAAUGACGUCAUUUUUCUUGACAUUCAGAAUCUGGACAGACUUUGGAAAGUUUCUCUUUAAAAAUAACUUUUUAGGCCCCUUUUUUAGUUUCUGGAACCUUGCAAGUGAGGCCGAUUGGAUAAAAAAAAAGGAAAAAGAACUGUCUUCCAGAUCGCUCCCUGCUCUCAAUAUGCUCCCUUGAUGCGAAAAUCCGAGUCGAACCAGUUCGAAUUGCCGGCUUUCCUGGAGAUCGAAGAUCACGACGGCGCCAUCAAACAGUUCUUGUACGAUACCGGAACGCAGAACCUGGACGGCCGGAAUACCAAGGUUCAAUUUUGUAAAAAAUCAAAUUUAUCGAUUUUUUGAAGGUCAUCGCCAUGCCCCGCCUCAAUCUCUGUUCCUUCCACUCCCUCGCUGCUCAUCAGUUGAAUCAGGUUUUGGAUGGAAUGCAUGUUUCAGAAAGGGUUUAUUAAUAACAGAGCUUGAGCCGUCGAAAAAUGGGUCCCGACGCGAAAAGAGAUAGUGUCUGGAUACAAGCCACGCCCCUUUGCGUCAUGAGCUGAGAUUAGAAAAAACUUGUCGAGAUUAAGCUGAAAUAAGCUUGAAAAAAUAUUUUCAAAGAAGUUAUCAUCUUUAGGAAAGCUAGAGUGAUCCCUAAAGGGGUUAGGGGAAACAGUAGUCAUUAUAUGGAGUCUGAAAAGCUUACUAAAGGGUUAAAAUUCAAGUGGCCUUUAUAGGGGUUCAGGCUCGUAAGCCCCUAGACCUCAAGUGGUCCCUAUAAGGGUCUUUGAAGGUUUUGUGAUGGAUUGAAAAUUUGAUAAAACUGGAUCGGUUAUUUCUCUGUUGAUCUUUCCAUAAAUAAUAAGCGCAAAAACUGACUAUCAUGCCUCCCUAGAGUGGUCACUACCGAGAAACCCUAUAGCGACGACUUUUGCAAGUUUAUUGGCCCCUCUAGUGGAGGUAGAGUGGUCCCUAAGGCUGCCCCUAUAGGGACCACUCUGGAGUUCCUAAAUCUCCCUUUUUCGUCCAAUCUUCAACUUGCCUUGCCAGAGGAUCGAGAGAAGCCUCCACGAAGAACUCGUCUCGUUCAUCCUGUUGCAACUGCUCUCGGCGCUGAAGAUGCUCCAAGGCGAGGGCGUCGAAAGCCUUAGCACCAAUUUCAAGGUUCCUACAUGGCAGUCCUCCCCAGAAAAUUGAACUUUUCAAGGAAUUCCUCCUCGCCUACAGGUACCCGACGAUGGAAACUCCGGCGCAUUUCAACGAGUUCCCGCGUCUUUUGUUCUUGCCGGUUUUUCGAGGGGAUUCGAAAAGAAAAUGACUAUUUUCCCUUAAGGAGACCCUCGGAGCCGAGAUCGAAAGCGGCGGAGAUGAACUUGUGGGUCUUUGCCGGUACGCCCUGAGGGCUCUGUGCACCUUGCUUCAUCAUAGGAUGGAUGGCCGGGCUCCGCCCAUCAAAUUGAGGUUCUUUUUACCCUGUAAACUUUGCAUAAAUCGUGGUGGAUGAUGGCGUAGUUGGUAGCUACUUUAAACGAAGUCAGAAGGGUCAAGAGUUCGACUCCUGUUCUAAGAGAAACAUUUUUGCUUUUUAUCAUAAUAAGAAAGUUUGUUCCCCCGCUUCAAAAAAAUUGUUAUUUUUAGGUUUUUUUAAAGUCCGAAAGGAGGGUAUUGUAGAAAUUUUUGUUUUUAAAAAAGAUUUUCGAGUCUUUUAAGUUAGCAAUAGUAUUGAAAAUUGUCAUUUCUGACCGUUUUAAAAUAUCAAAAAAUGACUUUUCAAUCAGUUUUUUAGGAAAUGGUUAACAGCCUUAUUCUCAGUAUAACUAUUUUUUGACCUUCGACUCCAGAAAGAUCACCGAAAAUUUGAUAUUUUUCUUUCAGUUUUUUUGAAAAAAUUUCCUAGCUUGUAUUGAAGCUUUUCUGCCUUUUUGAUGGAUGUAUAAAUGAAAAAAUGUUUGAGGUCCCGAUUUUCGCGCGCCUUGAUGGCCUGCGCGGUGUUGCUCCAGGAAGACAAGUCGAGCAGUCUGACCAAGGCGAAGAACGUCCUGGAACUCUCGCUCUGGUCCGGCGGCGAGCACUUCAAGAACGAACAGGAGGCCCGCGUCUGGAUCGACAUGGCCCGGGCCGAGUGCAUCGACAGCUUGGUUCGCAUCUUAUUUCAGAAAGGAAUAGUAUAUUUAUGAAUGGAUUAGUUGGAUUUUAGGACCACUAAGGACGUUCCUAUAGAGAUCUGAAGAAGUAUUACUUGAAAAUUUGAAUUCAUGAAAAACGGAAAAUAAUUAGUUGACCAGUUGAAGCAGAGUUUAAUUUUUUCAAUCAUCAAAAAAAUCAGGAAUCUAUAGUUUGGACAAAGAAAAUUCUUGAGGAAACCUUGAUAACAUCUUCUGAACUGAAAUACCAAAAAAAGGACUCGAAAAACCCUGAAAUUUGCAAGAGUUCAAAGGCGAUCCUGUUUUAACCGCACCCUGAAAAAAUUCAACUUAAAAAAAUUUUGAAGUUACCACUUAGGAACGCCAGAGUAGCCCCUAUAGGGGUCAUCUAAUUUUUAUUCAGAUAUAAAAUUUAAAAAAAAAAACAAAAGUUGAUGAAUUUUCCGUUGAUAUUUUUUAUUCGAAAAAAGAGAAAUUUCUAAACUUUUUCGCAUGAAAAAGCAUCUUCUCAUGGAGUUAAAAAAGAAUAAGCGCCCUAUAGGGGCCACUAACUAAGCUUUUGUAGGGGGAGGUGAAGUGGUCCCUAGAGCGGAACCUUGAAGGGCCCUUAGAUUGCCUCUAAGAGACCAAUAUGGAGUGAAAAAUUUGACCUCAAUAAACCUAAAAAUUGAUUUAUUCCUGAAUAAAAAAUCGACUGGAUUUAUAUCUUUCUUGUCCUCAAACUUCUAAAAGUUAUAAUUCUGCCCAAAUAUUCCAUUUCUUUCAGCUCCGACAGCUGAUGUGUGAGCCCGCGUCGCGGUUGGGCCCCCGGGAACGAUUCCGCGUCGAAUUUUUGUUAAGUGAGUCCUUAAAUGAUUCUAUUUAAUUAAUCAAUUAAUCAAUUUCAGGCGCGACACCUCGCGCCGUGAUGGAAUCACAAAAAGCCAUGCUCACCGCCAACAUCAAUUAA